GACUGGUCUACCUGAGGCGGAGAGGGGCGGCGGACAGGGGGCCUGCAGCGGGGAGCCGGCGUGGACCGCGGCCAUGAGCACCGUGGACCUUGCCCGCGUGGGCGCGUGUGUCCUGAAGCAUGCGCUGACCGGGGAGGCCGUGGAGCUGCGGAGCCUGUGGCAGGAGCAGGCGUGCGUGGUGGCCGGCCUGCGGCGCUUCGGCUGCAUGGUGUGUCGCUGGAUCGCCCGGGACCUCAGCAGCCUCAAGGGGCUCCUGGACCAGCACGGAGUGCGCCUAGUGGGCGUGGGGCCGGAGGCCCUGGGCCUGCAAGAGUUCCUGGACGGUGGCUACUUCGCGGGAGAGCUGUACCUGGAUGAGAGCAAACAGUUCUACAAGGAGCUGGGCUUUAAGCGGUACAACAGUUUGAGCAUCCUGCCGGCUGCCCUGGGGAAGCCCGUGCGUGAUGUGGCCGCCAAGGCCAAGGCUGUCGGCAUCCAAGGGAACCUGUCUGGAGACCUGCUGCAGAGUGGAGGGCUGCUGGUGGUCACCAAAGGUGGUGACAAAGUGCUGCUCCACUUUGUCCAGAAGUCCCCGGGCGACUAUGUUCCCCAGGAGAGCAUCCUGCAGGCCCUGGGCAUCUCUGCGGAGGUCUGCGCCAGCGCGCCACCCCAGUGUGACGAGGAGGCGUGCACCAGGUGAAGGCCCCAGACCUCCGAGGAUCGGAGAGACGUCUGCUGCCCAGGGCUUGCUGGGAGUCGGAUGUGAAGACUCGUUCUGGAAUCUCUGGGCCGGGAUGCCAAAUUCUGCCUGGCUGAGGGCAGCAGUGAGCAUUAAACGUUGGUUUCUGGCA